GAGAGAGAGAGUGCGCGGACAGAGAAACAGCGAGAGCAAAGAGAGGGAGAAAGGGACAGAGAGUGAGGGAGAGAAAAAUAGAUUGGGUGAAAGAGAUGGACAGAGUGUAGUGUUUUCCUUCAUUUUUACAGUUGUUACAUCUGUUGUGUUUUUGUCUUUGUGGUGGAUUUGGCUGACAGACGCUCAGUCUUUGUGUUUGCUGUUUUCUCUUUGGCUUCUUGGAUGCUGAAGGAUUGAUCGGGAUGGAGAUACAACACAGUCAUCCAGCACUGCUGUACACCUGGACGCAAGAGCAGCACUGACAGAGGUCUUUUGAGUGGUCACGACAGAGUGGGUGGACAGACGGAAGCUAAGUGUCCACAUCAGUGAACGUCCUCGGCGCGGCUGUCAGGAGAACUGCCCUAGCCAGUCAGGAGAGGCGAGGGACGAGGCCGGCCAAUCGGAGGGAGAGAGAUGUUGGGGCAGGGCGGCCAUGUGGCCCUGGCUCUUGUGUCAUUACUGUUGCUACUGUGGCACGAAGCAGCACCAAUUGAAGUCCCACAAGACCCAAAGAUCCUGCAAGACCUAAAGCAGCCCCCAACUAUAGUCAAACAGUCAGUGAAGGACUACAUUGUCGACCCCAGAGAUAACAUCAUCAUCGAGUGUGAGGCCAAGGGCAACCCAGUGCCAACGUUCUCAUGGCGAAGGAACGGGAAGUUUUUCAACAUUGGAAAAGAUCCCAGGGUGACGAUGCGUAAACGCUCGGGAACUCUGGAGAUCGGUUUUCGUAGCGGAGGACGACCAGAAGACUAUGAGGGAGAGUACCAGUGUUUUGCCACCAAUGACUUUGGAGUGGCUCUGUCCAACAAAAUCCUGCUCCGGGUCUCAAAGGCUCCUCUGUGGCCUAAAGAAGUGCUGGAGCCAGUGGUGGUGACUGAAGGCUCCUCGCUGGUUCUACCCUGCAACCCCCCACCGGGCCUGCCUCCUCCGUUCACAUUUUGGAUGAACAGUGCUAUGACUCCGAUCCCUCAGGAUAAGAGAGUGUCCAUGGGUCUGAACGGAGACCUCUACUUCUCAAAUGUUUUGGCCAAAGACGCUCACACUGACUACAGCUGCAAUGCUCGCUUCCUUUUCACACACACCAUCCAGCAGAAGAACCCCUUCACACUCAAAGUUCUGACCAAGGAGCCGUAUAAUGACACAUCUUACAAUGCCACUGACCCCUAUGGUGGCCGUAAAGUAGCCGAGUCCACGCCAACCUUUCUCUCACCCUCAGGAACUGAGAGCUCCAAAAUGGUGCUACGAGACGAACAACUGCUGCUGGAGUGUAUCGCUGCUGGACUUCCGACGCCCACCAUCAAGUGGUUCAAGAAGGGCGGGGACCUGCCAGGGCGCAAAGUGAAGUUUGAGAACUACAACAAGACCCUGAAGAUUAUCAACGUGUCAGAGGAGGAUGCUGGGGAGUAUUUAUGCAUGGCCACCAAUCAUUUAGGCGGCAUACGCCAUUCCAUCUUUGUUGUGGUCAAAGCGGCUCCUUAUUGGCUGGACAAACCUACGAACCUGGUGCUCGCUCCGGACGAGAAUGGGCGCCUGGUGUGUCGGGCUAACGGCAACCCCAAACCCAACAUCCAGUGGCUGAUCAAUGGACAACCUAUAGAGAUCGCACCCCCCAGCCUGAGCCGGCAGGAGCUUGGUGACACCCUCAUCUUCCGCUCGGUGCAGAUGGGAAGCAGCGCCGUCUACCAGUGCAAUGCUUCUAACCAGCACGGCUACCUGCUGGCCAAUGCCUUUGUCAGCGUCCUUGACAUGCCUCCGAGGAUGCUGGGCCCUAAAAACCAGCUGAUUAAAGUCAUUGAGAACAACCGCACCUUCCUGGAGUGUCCCUUUUUUGGUUCCCCUCUGCCAGAUUUGCGCUGGUUUAAGAAUGGACAGGGCAGUGGGCUGGAUGGCGGUCAGUACCGUGUUUACAUCAAUGGCACCCUAGAGAUCAAACGGGCCCGAGCAGAGGAUGAGGGCACCUAUACCUGUGUGGCCAACAGCAUCCUGGGCAAGGCCGAAAGCCAGGUUCGCCUGGAAGUCAAAGAGCCGACUCGUAUAGUUCGAGCCCCGGAACAUCAGUCAGUCAUCAGGGGCUCCACGGCUCGCUUCAACUGUAAGGUGAAGUCUGAUCCCACUCUGCCCAAUACUGUGGCCUGGACCAAAGAUGACAAGCCUCUCUACAUGGGAUGGAGGCUGAGGAAAGACGAGGAGUCGCUAACCAUCCCCAAUGUGAAUGAGGGCGAUGAGGGCUCAUACACCUGCACUGUUAAAUCUGAGAUAGACGAGGACUCAGCCUCAGCCCGCCUCACUGUGUUAGAGGAAGCCUCCCUCAACCCCUCAGUCUCUAGUGCCUUGCCUCCAGACCGUCCAGACCCUCCCAUGGAUCUGGAUCUGUCAGACCCUGCAGCCCGCAGUGUUCGCCUCACCUGGAUCCCUGGAAAUGACCACAGGAGCCCAGUCAAAGAAUUCCUGGUCCAGUUCGAGGAGGAUCGCUGGGAGCCUGGCAGGUGGCAGGACCUGGCCUCUUACCCCGGAGAUCUCAACUCUGUCAUUCUGCAGCUUGCCCCCUUCGUCAACUACCAGUUCAGGGUCAUCGCCAUCAACUCAGUGGGCCCGAGUCAGCCCAGCCGCCCCUCGCCACGAUACAAGACAAGCGGAGCUGCCCCAGAUGCCAUUCCUAGAGGUUUGCGAGGCUGGGGAUCCAAGAAGGACAACAUGGAGAUCACCUGGGAGCCUCUGCUUGAUCUGGAGAGAAAUGGCCCAAACCUGCACUACAGUGUGUGGUGGAGACGGAAAGAUUCGGGAGAGGAGUGGAGAAAUGUGACCACGGUGGGGUCCAAACAUGUCGUCCAUAACACAGAAACUUAUGUGCCUUAUGAGAUCAAAAUCCAGGCCAGGAAUGAGUUUGGACACGGACCUGAGUCUAAUGUGGUGACUGGAUACUCUGGAGAGGACGAGCCCACUGAUGCUCCCACUGACCUGAGGGUGUCAAAGGUUGACAGCACCAAGGCGAACAUACACUGGAAGCCUGUGGACCAGAGCUCUGUCCAGGGAGAGUUCAAAGAGUACAGAUUGCACUACUGGCGUGAGUCCAGCCUGGUUCCAGGUCUGGUGGUCAGUAAGGAGAAGAAGACAAAAGGUUUCUACAGUAUGGUGGCCGAGCCAUCUGGCAUCCUCAGCGACCUGGUGCCCUUCUCUAAAUACAAGAUGUUCAUGGUUGUGGCCAACAACCUCUUUGAAGGUCCACCCAGCAACACGAUGGAAUUCACUACUAAGGAGGGAGUGCCAGAUGCUCCGAAGUUUUUCAGGAUUAACCGGAGAAGUUUUGACACCAUCCACCUUGAAUGGGACAAACCUCUGGAGCCCAAUGGCAUUCUGAUUGGAUACCACCUCAAGUACCAAACAGUCAAUGGCUCUAGGAUGGGUCGUCCCCAGUUGGAGACUUUCCCUCCUAAUGAGACAGAGUUCACCAUCCGCCUGCCGGACAGAUCUACCCGCUACAAGUUCUACCUGUCAGCACUCACUCAGGUGGGAGCGGGGGAGGUGUUUGCUGAGGAGUCACCACACUUCGCAAAUGAAGUUGAGCUUACAGACCCCACCGUGGCUUCAGCUCUCACUCCUACUCCUCCUCCUCUCGCUCCUCUUCCUCCUACUACCAUCGCUCCUACAACCAUUAGUACCUCAACUUCUACCACUACUACAACUACGACUACUACUACUCCUUCUACCACCACCACCACAACUGAGGCGACCACUACCACCAAACCUCCCGAGCUGGUCACCACCAAGCGUAUUGAUCAGAAUGUGUUGGUGGCCCCUGGGCGGGAGAUCUGGAAUCUGACGGUGGAGCAUAACAGUAACUACGCUAACGUCAGCUGGAGACACAACUUCCCGGCCGGCAGCAGCGAGUUUGUGCUAGAGCUCACACUGGACAGCGACAAGUCGGUGAGAAAUGUAACGGUGAAACAACAGCCCCCCAUUAAAGUGGCGGAUCUGAUCGCAGGCGCCACGUACCAUCUGAGGGUUUACUCACAUGAGCUCAACAGCGUCAGCAGCAAACCUGUCACCUUUAAGACCAAAGCAGCCUACAUAGACCAGGUAGACAUUGCCACUCAAGGCUGGUUCAUUGGCUUGAUGUGCGCCAUUGCCCUCAUCAUACUGAUCCUCCUCAUCGUCUGCUUCAUCAAGAGGAGUCGUGGGGGCAAAUACCCAGUCCGUGACAAAAAAGAUCUCCCCUUGGACCCAGUAGAUCAGAAAGACCAGGAUGGAUCCUUUGACUACCACAGCGAUGAGGACAACAAGCCUCUCCAGGGCAGCCAGACGUCGCUGGAUGGCAACGUGAAGGAAAGUGACGACAGUCUGGUGGACUAUGGCGAAGGUGGCGAUGGCCAGUUCAAUGAGGAUGGCUCUUUCAUUGGCCAGUACACAGUGAAGAAGGACAAGGACGAAACGGAGGGCAAUGAGAGCUCUGAGGCCACCUCACCCGUCAACGCCAUCUACUCGCUAGCGUAGCGUAGUAGCAGCACACUGGGGAUGCGGUUGCACCCUCUGAUUUGAGAGCGUUAUGACAAACCACAACACCAUACACCGAACACAAACACACACACAAAUAUAUUAAUAUAUGAAACACAUUAAGGAACACAGCAGGGCCUGUCUGGAGACUGUGUAGGCUUCCCUCUGCAGAUACAGUAACAGGGGAACACACGAGUGGAAUUAGACCACAAGCCUUUAUUUUAGUUUCCAGCUCUAAGAAACUGGCCCACUGGAGGUGACAUUUGGACAAAGAGGACAGUACUCGUUCUCCUCUGCGCUCUGCCUGCCCUUACACAGACUUGAAGUGUGCCUUCGGGGCAGCUUUCAGCAUUUGGAGGCAUCACCAAGCGUUCUUUAGAGAUUUUUCUUUGGUUCGUUUCUGCUCCGAACAUUUUCAGUGCCCCUGCUCUCCUUCCUGAUAACACCCCUCACACCUCUGUGUAGCAUCCCAGUAAAGUACACACAAGAGGUCCCUGACACACACAUACACACACACACACACACACACACACACACAUUGGCCCCGUCCUGUAACAUAUCAGCUUCUAACCAUUAAACUCAACAGGAUGCCGGCAGAUAUGUUUAUCAUAUUGAUAUUUACGCAAUGAAAGAUUUUAGUUUUUCCACAGCUGGUAGACGAGUCAUUGAACCUUAAUGAGUGCUGUAUACAGUCCUGGCACACAUUUUAGUGCCCUGCAAAACUAUGCACUGUCACCUCCUCCAUACCAUUUUGGGUUUAAUCUGGUUAGUAGAAGUACACAUUUUAGGUUUCUUUUUACCACUUGCAGGCUCAAUCACAUGCUUUUAUUCACUUUGCCUUGUACAAUGUGGUAGACAUGUUUUUCUUACCUCUAAUCCAAUGUUGUAGUGGCCGCCAUGAGAGAAGUUAUUUUGGCCACAAGCACCAAGCUCUGCUACAGUAUGUUGUUACUGAAUCCCAUUUUUAAAAAGAUAAUGAGUAUUAUUUUGGAGCAUGUUAUUAACUUAGUGCAAGAGAAAUGGAAGGCAACAGAGAGGAGAGUUAGUUUUGCUUGAGAAACACCAGUAGACCACAACCUAGUGAGUUCCCUAGUUAGCAUGCUGGCUAAUGCUGCAUUCAUGUCAAAUGGGAACAACAGUUGGUUGACUGUUGUACGCUUGUAAGUUCCUUUUUACAUUGGUUUCUUAGUUGUGACACACAUGAAUAAGUGAUCAGAACUUUUGAAAGUAUGUUUUAUACCAAACCAGAUAACAUUAAUGAAAUGUGGUGAUCACGAAAAAAUGCUUUAAAAGAUCAGACAUUUCAGGCUGGCGGGGGGGGGGGGUAAAAAAAAAAAAAAAAAUGGAUAUCUAUCCCUUACCUUCAUGAAUUUUCUCAAUUGUGACACAAGCACUCUGGAAGUUUGGGGUCCCAACCUCAAAAUUCCAUAUUAGUUUUAAGCUCCUGUGAGCUGAGAUGUGUAAUGUUUUCGAGUUGGAAGCUAACAUCUAUGUUCUCUCCCACGAGACAUGAAUGCAGCUUAAGAGGCUGGGAUCCUUAUGGUGUGUUCAGACUACAUUUUUGCCUUGGAUUUUUUCAGGCAAAUUUCAUAACUGAUUUCUUUUUUUUUUUCUUUUUUUUUUGUCAAUCUGUAUUUUUUUGCCUUAAACAGCCAAUGUACAGGCAUUCGCUGUCAGCUAGUUAGCAUACACAACAACCUCCAGUUCUCUCUGUCACCUCCUCCAGACCUCUCUCCGUUGUUGUCUAUGUAUGGUUUUAAAUUGGACUCAUGAAGCUUGGUAAUAGGCUAAAAGUUUUGCUCUAGUUGAAACAAUUUUAACUCACGUGAACACAUUUUUGGCUCAUUUCAUUAAUUUGUGUGCUCUCACCUCUUUGGAUUGACUUUAUAUGCAAUCGUACCACCUGUCAAAUUCUCUGUGUUUAGUCUGAACCCACCUCUACAGAGGAAUCCACACCUCUCUCCCUCUCUCUAGUUUUUAAGAACUCAAUUUGUUAAUCAUUUCGGAUGAAAAAACACAGCUUCAGAAUACUUGAAUUAAAUGACAGGAUUUACAGCAUGAAAAUAUAUACAUUAAAUUCACAGCCACCUUUGAAAGGAAAUGAAUCAGCCAACUUUUUAGUUUUUGCAGAGGAGGAAAGAAAAAAGAAAACUGUUUGAGUAACAGGACAAGUUCUUAGAAGUAUGUACACUCAGUAUUUCACGUCCUACAACCAUAUUUGUCAUGUAGUCAUUCAGUUAACAGACUGAUGAACUGACAGCCAAUUCUUUAAUUUAUACUAAAUGUUCACUGAGUGCUCAUUUGUUUCCCCACAUCACUUUGGCACUCACAUUGUAGUAACCUGCUACUCAACAGCACUAUUAAACCCUCCAAUGCUAAAUCAUAAAGAUCUUUACUGCAGUUAGAAACUGGAGUUCACAUUGUAUUUCAAAUAUUUAUUUUAUAUUUCUAUUUAUUACAUUAUGUGGAUAGUAUUAAUAUUAGUCCUUAAUUUAAUAAUUGUUAUAUACACAUUUUUGACCAACUUAUUUUGUUGUUUCACACCAGAAAUAGCCGGAAUAAAGGUGUCUUUAGAAUCUGUUGUUGUUCAUCAUGAGAGGCAUUAAACACACCAGUAUGUUCAAGUUAAUUGUGAUAUUUGUAGCAGCUGGCUUCUCUGCUGUAAACAAAACAACAACAACAACAAAAUACCUGUCACCGUAUUUACAAAAAGGUCAUGUUUAUCUGUCCAUUGUGCUGCUCUUCUCGUACUCAUGUUGUAUUACAGUUACUCUGUGUUGUUAUUCAGAUUUAUGUAACAUUACCUUUCCACCACACAGAAAAUUAAUAUUGUUGCUUAUUAUUUAUUUGACAUAUAUUCUGUACACGUACUGUAGGUCCUGAAGAAAAAUCUCUUAUAUUUGUAAAUAUUUAAAAGUCGAUUUCCCCAGAAAAAUGCUUUAUCUGAAAAGGAAACAAAAAGUCACAAAUCUGUAUACACCGAGCAAAUGCGACAGGUGCAUCUUUAGUCUGUUAUGCACCUUUGUAAUGUAGCUUUGACUAACAUUUGCACUCUGAAAAAGUAACAAGAAUCAUCGUUCACUCUAUGUUGCCCUUUGCUUUGACAUUGUGAUAUAUGGUACUGACUGUGGCAAGUCCAUCAGUCUCUUGUUUGAUGAUGGUUUGGAUUCUAUAUCAUGAAAGAGGAAUACGUUAGAUUCUCUAUGAUGUAAAUAAGACAUUGAGUGCUCCUGCAAUUUGUAGCAUUGUCGCACACACUGCUAGUAGGCCUAAAAAACAUGCAUUCGCUGCCGUUUUGGAACAAACUCCCCUCUUAUAUAUCUGUGAUCUCUCUGACACCUAACAUGCCUAUUGUUGCAUAGCUAGUUCCAUUUCACAACCCAGUCACCAGAAAAAAUGUCUGUAUUGUGCGUUUCUGCAAACUAUAGAUACAUUACAUUUGUACAUUAUUAUAUAGUGGAUACAUUGAAACUUUAUGUUUCAACAGUGCUGUGGUUACUGUGUGGUUAGGGUUAGGCAUGAAAAUCACUUGGUUAUGGAUAGGAAAAGGUCAUGUUUGGGCUUAAAAUACAUGGUUUUGGUGGCACAAUCACGGCUGGGGAUGCUGUCAAUGUCCGUGCUUUUUGUGACACUAUCCCUGGUGGAAAACAGCGAUGACUCCCUCAAACAACAGAUUUUGUUGUUUGGUGGUCUCCAACCAAUUCUCACUCUGACCUUGUCACAUAUCAACAUUUGGUCAUAGACUUUCCACGUGGAGAUAUGACAUGCAAGGUACCCUGGGUGUGUUGGUUGUUGACGUUCAGCCUGUUACAUGCAUUGUGUGUUUUCAAAAUACAUUUCUGUUUUCACAGGAAAUAUACAGUUUGCAUACAGUCUCUUUCAAAAUAAAUGCACUACGUUUGUACAACACCGCAAAUUGACGUUUUUUCCUUUAACAACAAACACACGUGAUUACAUUUAGCCAACACAUGCACGUGGUUGGGUUUGGCAACAAAAGCAUGUGGUUGGAUUUAGGACAAAAUAACUAGGUUUGGCUUUACAAUCAUAACUCGUCAAAUAGAGUAUUGGGGCUUUGUCAGUGUAUUUUCACGUCUAGAUAUGCCACACAAGGUAACCUCCUGUGUCAGUCUAUGCUUGUUACAUGCAUUGAGUCUUUUUAAAAUACACUUCUGUUUUCACAGGAAAUGUACAGUUACUGCUUGUUAGACAUAUAAAGUCUUUUUCAAAAUACACAGAGCAUAGGUAAAACACCUCAUUUUUACAUUUAUUUCCUUGUGACACAAACGUACAUGGUUAGGUUUAGAGGGAAAAAAAGGUUUGGUUUCAAACUCACAUAGAAAGCAAACAGCAGGCUGCUGGAUGAAGGUUUGUGGACUCAUCCACUACCCCUCCUGCCUGGGACUUUCCAGCUCUUUAUAUUAGGUUGUUGCUGGCACCGCCAUGUGGCGUAUCAUAUCGCCACAUAGCGUGCCUUUGUGUGUCGUCAUCCGAUUUUGAAAUCACUGACAAAGUGGCGGUAUUUGACAAGGUCAGAAUGAGAACAACUGGUCUUGCCUAGGUGUCAUGCCAUCCACCACCCCCUCCACCUCCUGAUGACAGUCAGCACAUCAAUUACGUCACUUUAGAAACACUGAUAUACAAAACAUACAAAUAAAACGUAUUUGUGAUUUGCAGAAAUAUACAAUGUCAACAUUUUUUUUCUGGAGACUGAGCUGCAUUUCAGGGGCCACCUAAGAGGACAAAAGGUCGAGUCUGCUCCUCUUCCACUAAUGAGCCUCACACAAAUCAAGCAGUGGCCAAAUUUAGUUCCAGAAAGACAUCUGUCAAAAAGUGUAGCAAGUAAAAGGGCAAAUAUAUUCAUAUAAAUUUUAAACGCCCUGUGAUUGACACUAUUUUCAGUCUGCAAACGAGGACAAACGGGAGUUUACUCCCAUCAGUCAUUAUGUACACGUUGCAGAUAUAAUUACAAGUUGACAAAGAUUCCCUUAAUGCAAAAUUAAACACAUUACUGGCCAACAAUCAGGUGAACAACUUUGGGCAAUAGAGGGCUGAAAUUCGACUUUUCAGACUUUGAAAGAGGCGGCCUCUAAAAUGGAACACAACAUAUGUCCUGGUGACAGGUGGCCAAUUUUAAAACAGUUGAAACAUUGUCCUCGUAUUUCACACCCCUUACAAAUCUAAGAAAUCCAGAAACACAACCUCUGUGUCACUAAUUCCCUCUUCCAGAAACUCAUGUUCCCUUUGGUCAUUCUGCAGAAACUCAAAGCAAUAUACUCUGAGUUUUAAUCAGUUGGGAUUUUUCUCUGAUGCCAUUGUUUUACAGUAUGUUCACUCUGUGACCACAGGGGGUUGUUAGUUUGAGCAUCAGUCACUGACAUCUUGACAAAAAGAGGAGACUGCCGCUGAAAUAGAAGAAAAUAGGAAGAAAAAGCACCGAGAAAUCAAAGAUUGGGUUGGAACAUGUACUUUCUCAUUGGACUUGUUGGAAGUGUUUUCUUCCAGUUCUGGUCUGAAGACCUGCAUCUCCCUCUUCCCACAUGGCCUUUCAUCUUUUCCCCCCAACCGGAUCACAGCGGGGAAAUGUUGUACACUGGCUAAAUAACAAAGAAAAGAGAAUUAUGCAUAUUUGCUGGUACAUAGUGCUUUUUUUCUUGUCCUUUUAUUUGUGCACGUUGACUCUCUUUUUACUAUCCGCAUUGUCUCAGCUCACCUUUAAAGGGGGAAAAGAAAAUGUCAUGUGCAGUUUCACUGCUAUGUGUUUUUCCUCAUUUCAAAAUGCUGCAAAGUGUAGAAUUUUACCGGUGCACAUGCAAGAUUUGUAACUGGAUUUUUUCAAUGAUUGAUCACAUGCUGUUUGGCUUUUUUUUUUUGUUUUUUUUUUUUGUUAAUGAAUUCUCAUAUUAGCAUCUUCAUGUUUUUACCAUGUGUAUCAGAGCAGCCCGUCAAAGUCUUGCUUCGACACGCAAAAAUAACAGCUUUUGUAAGAUACAUACUCAACAGAAAAUGGCAUAAAUAUAUUCACCAUGUAUGCGUGUAUGAUGAGAUGUUGCAACUUCUGCUAGCGACGCCUUCUUUAUAGUAAAGCUAUUUCCUUUUCUCUA